UUGAUCAUGUCGGCGAUGUAUAGGUUCGAGUGUUAUGCAUCACUACAGAAGAUACCGAUGAGUCUGGUUGCUCUGUACGUGCUGUUGAUAUCAGCUGGGGCCUAUGCGGACUCGUGUCUUAGAAGUGAAGAACACAACUGCUGUAGCGAUGGUCAUGGCCUCAACUACACUUUGCCCAUGUUCACCCCGUGUCAGACGAUAAUGGAUGGUGGGUUAGCGGUUCAAACCAUCCCAAAGAUCAUCCAAGUUCCUCACGUGACCCAAUGUAGAAGGAAGAAGGAGCUUGGAAUACUCUUCGGAAACAGAAUCUGUCGCCUUCCCGACUGUAAGAACGACCCAUGUACACAAGGCUGGUGCGAAGAAACGAUGACGGGAUAUCGGUGCCACCCGAAUGCUGACAACAAAGACGUCAACACCACCACUCUUACCAGCUACAUCAUUUCAAUAACCAGCACCGCUGCCCCCACAACCACCGGGUCUUUGCCAACAACUCCCCGGACAAAGGCCACAACGUCACCAUGGUCAACCCUACCCACGACAACGCCUCCUCAACAGGUUUGCCAAUCGAAUCCUUGUCUAAACGAAGGAACUUGCAAACCAAUUCUUGGCACAAACUCACAGCAAGCUUUUGAAUGUGAAUGCUCACGGGAGUUCUACGGAACAUUAUGCGAAUGUUCUACACUUUACACACCCGACGUGGCCUUUAGAAGAACUUAUACUUUUCCAAACUUCUGGAUCCCUGCCAAUGUGACAUCAUUUGACUUUAUGGUUAGCGCAGACAAUGAUGCACACAUAGGCCUAUUCCCGGGUAACACAACCAACGAGAAAUACGAAUUGACUAUCGGUGGGUGGAGGAAUACCGGUGGACGAAUCAUACGAGGUACCAAUCCCGUUAGCAGGGACAUAUUAUAUCCUCCAACCUAUAAUGUUAGUCUCUCCCAAAUACCAGAAUUCGAUCAUUACCGGCUAUCGUUCGCCAAUGGACAUAUUCAGCUAAGUCAGUAUGAUAACGGUGAGGUAGUAAUGGCGACCCGGGAUUCCCAGCGACAACCGCUUCAAGUCUCUUAUGUAGGAAUUUGGACUGGUUUCGGAUCAGAUGGUUAUUGGAGAUUCCCGACGUUCUGCCCAAGCUUACCAGACCCGGUCUAGA